AUGAGCGCGAGGAGCGCGAGCGCAAGGGACAUCGUGGGGCGCGCUUCUCUGACGUGGCGGGCCCAAAAAGCCGUUGAGGACCAGUUCCGCAUCACGCGCACGAAGCAGUUCAAGCUCCUCACGCGCGCGCCGCGCGCCGCGCCCGCCGGGCCCCGGUCGGUCGACGCGCGCGCGCCGCUCGGCGUCGUCGAUUCCGCCGUGACCGUCGACGACUUCUCGCGCGCGCGCGACCUCCUGGGCCUCCUCGACGGCGGCGUCCGCGAGAGCAUCGCGAAGCGCUACGCGCGCUCCCUCACGCUCAGCAUCAACGACGACGCGGACCGCGCCGUGGAGGUCUACAACUUCUCGUUCUCGUACCCGUCGAGCGCCUCGAUCACCGUCGCGGAGUCGCGCGCGCAGCACGUCGCCCUCGACAAGAAGCUCACGUUCUUCGCGACGGUCCUGCCCGAGACGACGUCCGCCGCCGCGUCCUUCACGCUCAAGAUGGCCUUCAACUCGACCGCGCCCCGCGGCUUCGCGCCCGCGGGCUUCGCGCCGUGCGACCCCGCGGCCUACGCCUUCGACCCCGCGGCCGUCCCGAACUCCAUCAAGCUCAUCCUCGGCGCCGUCCAGGGCCCGCGCGCCUGCGAGCUCACGUACCGCGGCGUCCAGCCCCUCGCCAUCGAGGAGGACUCCGUCGCCGAGUCCGCGCCGCCCGCGUCGGGCUGCUUCGACCUCAAGCUCUCGGACUCGCUCAAGGACGACGACGAGACGCAGCUCGACAGCGCCCGCAUCAGCCCGCCCAAGAAGAAGCGCCGCCGCGGCCCGGAGGACCACCCGUCCUUCCUCUCGAGCGGGAUCCCCGUCUGCAGCCAGGACAGCGUCGUCUCGUCGCGGUCCUACGGCGACGACGCCUACCUCUUCUGA